AUGAGUUGUUUUCCAUGCUGCAAAUCCGAAGUUGAAUCACCUUCUUAUAGACCAUGUUCUAGGAAAAUUUCAAAAGGAAGAAGAACAUUCAAAUCAUUAGCAGCUGCUAUGUCACUCAAAUCAGGUAGCAGCAGGCAUAGACAAAUAUCAGAAGAGAUACUAAAAUAUGGAACUGCAAAAAAUGAUGUUAAAAUAUUCACAUAUGAAGAAAUAGCUGAUGCAACAAAUAAUUUCAGUUCUGAUUGUCUUGUUGGAGAAGGUGGAUUUGGGAAUGUUUAUAAAGGACAGAUAAAAAGCAUUGAUCAAACUGUAGCUGUGAAGAAACUGAACAGAAAUGGAAAUCAAGGAACAAGAGAAUUUUUUGCUGAGGUUUUAAUGUUAAGCAUGGUUAAUCAUCCAAAUCUUGUGAAGCUUGUUGGUUAUUGUGCUGAAGAGGAUCAAAGGAUUUUGGUUUAUGAGUACAUGGCCAAUGGAAGUUUGGAAAAUCACCUUCUAGAUAUAGGUAAUGAUAAGGAACCAUUGGAUUGGGAAACAAGAAUGAAAAUAGCUGAUGGAGCAGCUAGAGGACUUGAAUAUCUGCAUAAUUCUGCAGAUCCACCGGUGAUUUUUCGCGAUUUUAAAUCGUCUAAUAUACUAUUAGAUGAAGAUUUCAAUCCAAAGCUUUCUGAUUUUGGUCUUGCUAAGAUUGCUCCAAGAGAGGGUGAGAACUUGGUCUCAACAAGGGUGAUGGGGACUUAUGGAUAUUGUGCACCUGAGUAUGCUGCUACUGGUCAGCUAUCCUCAAAGUCAGAUAUUUAUAGUUUUGGGGUUGUUUUUUUGGAAAUAAUCUCUGGUAGGAGAGUUAUUGACCCUACAAGAACUCGUGAACAACAAAAUUUGAUUGUUUGGGCACAACCUUUGUUUAAGGACAGAAACAAGUUCACUCUAAUGGCAGAUCCUUUGCUUAAAGAUAAGUUCCCUGUGAAGGGACUAUUUCAAGCCCUUGCAGUGGCAGCAAUGUGUCUACAAGAGGAAGCCGAAACGCGACCUUCCAUGGAAGAUGUUGUAACAGCUAUUGCACAUUUAGCAGUACACAAAACUGAAGAAAAAGACAUAGCUGGUGAAUCUCUAUUAACUGCUGGUCAUGUUGAAUCUUUUAGAGCUACAAAUUCAAUGGGAUCUGAAAGGGCAUAGUAGCUACAAUUUGGUCAACACAUACUAGGAUUCACUGACAAAUUUGAAGAGCACUCAAAAAAUGUGCUUAGGGUGUAAUUCUGUUUGUGUAAAAUGUCCUACUGUUAAAUGUUAGGCUGUAGUGAUUUCCUUUUGGGAUUGGAAUCAGGAUCCCUUUGAUUUAUCUUUCUUUCUUUUCUUUUUUUCCAAAGAAAGUUUCACCUGAGUUUCUGUUUCUAUUUCAUCAUUGGACAUCUAAACCUGAUGUCCAAAGAAUAUAUAUGUAUAUUUUCAAAUUCCAAUUCCAAAAUACAUUGUUAUUGUUAUUUGAUUAAUAAAUGUACAUUGUUUCAUAUUUAACAAAGCCUACUUGUAAGAUGAUUGAUUCAUAUUACUUUUAUAAAUUGCUUUCUGACCCUAUCUCUAGUCAAUAUGAAACUAUUCAAGAGGUUGAACUCAAAUGGUUAAUGAGCUCCAGUGAAUGCUAAAUUGUUCGAGGGAGAACCUAAAUUCAAACCCCAGCUGAAAUAAUUAUUGA